GACCGGCAGCCCUCUCCGCCCCCGGAGCUGCCGUGUGGGCCGGGACAGGCACCCGGGCCCCUCCGAAGCGGGGACCCACGAGAGGGGCGUCCCUUUCCCCCUCCUUUCCCCUCCCUCUGCUCUUCCCCACGGCUGCGACCCUUGUCCCCAUGGCAGUGUGUCACCCCUGGAAUCGCAGCGUCGCGGCUGGCCUGCCACCCCUCCGUGGGGGUAUCCAGGCUGCACUCUUGCCCAGCUGACUUGUGGCUUUGGUGUGGCUUUGGUCCAUCUCAAAACCAUUGCCCACUUUCCAAACAGCUGCAUUGAUUGCCCCAUGGCCCUCAUCACUAGAGCCAGCAGCCAUCCUAACGGAACAGACCCCAUUCCCUGUGGGGCAAACAGCACCACAGAGCCUGAGCUGCCCCAUUCACACGCCUACUAUGCCCUCUGCUACUGCAUCUUGAUUCUGGCUAUCAUCUUUGGAAACGUGCUGGUCUGCUUGGCUGUGUUGAGGGAACGCACCUUGCAAACCACAACCAACUACCUCGUGGUGAGCCUGGCAGUGGCAGAUUUGCUGGUGGCUACUUUGGUGAUGCCGUGGAUGGUGUACCUGGAGGUGACCGGAGGGGUCUGGACAUUCAGCCGUAUCUGUUGCGAUAUCUUCGUCACCAUGGAUGUAAUGAUGUGCACAGCCAGCAUUCUGAACCUCUGUGCCAUCAGCAUUGACAGAUACACCGCAGUGGUGAAACCAGUUCAGUACCAGUACAGCACUGGGCAGAGCUCCUGCAGGAGGGUCUCUCUCAUGAUUGUGAUAGUCUGGAUGCUGGCAUUUGCAGUGUCAUGCCCUCUCCUCUUUGGCUUCAAUACUACAGGGGAUCCCAGUGUCUGUUCCAUAUCCAACCCUAGUUUCGUCAUCUACUCCUCUUUGGUGUCCUUCUACCUCCCCUUCAUGGUGACCCUGCUGCUCUAUGUGCGGAUUUACCUCGUGCUCAGACAGAGGCAAAAGAAGCGAACCCUCACCCGGCAGGGCAGCCAGAGCGCCAGUGCCAAACCGUGUUAUGCACACCAAGAACACAUGGAGAGGAAAGUUUUGCCAAACAGACGCCAAGGCGCGUUUUCCCCCUGUCUCUCGCUCAAAUGCACAGGCCAGGAGAUGUCUACAAAAAGGAGGUUGCUGACCGUCUUCAGCCUGCAGCGGUACCGAAGCUUCUGCCACAAGGCAUCCCUCACCAAGGCACCAGGGACUACCCAAACCAGCAGGUGGGAAGAGAGGAGGAGGAGCAUGAAGCCAGCAGUGGAGGUCCGGAGGCUCAGCAAUGGUAGAACCAUCAGCAGCUUGAGGCUGGCCCAGCAGCAGCCCCGACUGAUCCAGCUGCGGGAAAGGAAGGCUACACAGAUGCUGGCAAUUGUCCUGGGGGCAUUCAUAGUCUGCUGGCUGCCCUUCUUCUUGAUUCACAUCCUCAACGCCCACUGCCCAUCCUGCCACGUGCCUCCAGGGCUUUACAGUGCCAGCACUUGGCUCGGGUACGUCAACAGCGCUCUCAACCCCAUCAUCUACACAACCUUCAACACUGACUUCCGCAAAGCCUUCCUCAAGAUCCUCUGCUGCUGACUGUGGGGCCACACUGGGCUGCGUGGCUCUGCAGCAGCCCCCUGGGAGGAGAAAAAGACAGGGACAAGCCAGUGAGUCCCUCAGUGCUGGGCACAGCCCUGGGUGUGCAGCAGAUCAGCCACCGCAGGGCACCGUUCCUGGAAGCUGACAGGCUUGCAGGGCACACGCGACCCAAAUGCAGAUGGCAUCUCUCAUCUCUGCUGCCUACAUGCUGGAACUGCAUUUGCCCUCCCACAACUGGAACCUCAGCCUGCAGAAGGCACCCAGCUCAUGCACAGCAGUCCUAGUAGGAGGACAGAACUUGACUUCUUUGAUAA